AUGGCGUCUCCGAAGCCCCAAGUUUCGUGUUCUGCUGUGCCGUCUGUAGAAUUGAGUGUAGUGAAAGUGUUGGACUCUGAUGAGCCACUUGUCGCGAGCUCUUCUGCAGGCACCCCCUGUGUGCAAGUGUUGGACUCUAGUGAGCCACUUGUGCCCAUGACUGUGCUAUCGAAAUCAAUAGCUGGUAGUUCCCGCGCCACUGUACCCAGUACCGUGUCGGUACUGUCGCCUGCGUCUCCAACGUCGUCUGAGAGCAGCGUGGCUGAUGCGGAACCUCAAGCUCCUGGUUCGUCUGGCCGAAGAGUCCACUACUAUGCCGAGGAAAUAAGGAGCUAUGCACUACAUGAUGCACAUGCAGCUCUUGAAGAUGUUGAAGAUUUGGACCCGUCUUGUAUUUUCAUUGAGCCUCCAGAUCCAGCCAUGCAUACCGAUGAAGACUCGGCAGAUGAAGAUCAAUCAGGCUUGAUUAACAAUCCGGUGUAA